GGGGCGGAGCCAAGAGAGUGGAGCGGAGCCGGUGGGAGGCCGGCUGGCAAGUGGCGAAGGGUGAUGCAAAUUGUCUGAUGAGUAUUCUGUGAUGGAUAACAAGGACUUGGAAGCAGAGAUCCACCCUCUGAAGAAUGAGGAUGGGAAAGCUCCAGAUAACCAUGAGAACUGUGCAGAGAAAGAAGGUCUCUGCAGGAAGCCCACCCGCUUGUCUCAGCUCUCCCGAUGGCGCACUGCUGCCUUCUUCCUCUCAUUAUUCCUGUGCCUGAUUGUGGUGUUUGCCUUUUCGUUCAUCAUCCCGUGUCCAGUGAGGCCUGUUUCACAAAGGACAUGGAACAGGAAAUAUGACCGUGCGGUGACCUACAAGUUUCUGGCUGUAGAAGAUGUGAACGAAGACAAAGUGCAAGAUGUUAUCUUCGUUUUCAAAGAUACCAAUGGCAGCAGCAGUGUUAACAGAUCCUGCUCAGAUGAAGGCCUUUCCUCUCCAUGUGCCUUUGUUACUGCUGUCUCGGGCACCAACGGCAGCACGCUCUGGGAGAGGCCUGUCACUGAAGACCUCCUGUGGAUGGAGUGUGCCAUUGAGCAGCUGGGUGGGGCUCAGUCCCCAGGCUGUCUUGUCAUUGGGAACCCAGAGUUACUAACUGCAAUCAACCCUCACACAGGGGAAGUUCGAUGGAGGCAGUUUAACAGUUUUGGAGCUAAUUAUACCGUGGUGACUCCCUUGUUAAAGAUACCAGAUGUGGAUGGGGAUGGAGUUCAGGACGUGAUGAUCUUUACCACUGCAGGAGAUGAGACUCAAAGUUUCAUCUAUUCGGGGAAGAAGGGCGAGCAGAUCGGAACCAGUGGCAGACUGAGUCUGAGUGCAAGGCCUGGUUAUCUCAUGCAUGUGACUAAGACUGGCUCCUACUACGUUCUCUUCAAUACUGUAAAUUCUCUUUACGGCUACUCCUUGAAGGAUCUCUACAGCAUGGCAACUGGGAUGGAAAGUAAACUCACCAGCCUCCAGCAAGAUCCUCAGUGGGAGAAGAAGAUCGAGAGCCCCACACAUCACAUUCCUCUUCUCAGCUCUGGAGACAUUCGUUACCUGGUGAAGGUUCCCGGGAGAUCAGGGGAGAAUAUCUUGGUUGUGAAGUCAGACAUGGCUGAGCUUCUCGAUGGACAAACUCUUGACUCCCUGUGGACUGUCAACGCCUCCCACAUCUUGAGCGAGCCAGUGUUUGGUUACUACACACCUGACGUUCUCCACAUAGUCCUUGAAAGUGGAGUUGGACCCAACAGGAAGAAGAUCAUGAUUGUUGAGAGUGGCUCUGGAGCAGUCCACUGGGAGCUGGAGCUGAAUUCAAGAGCAGGGAGUCCAAGGCCUGCCACGCUCAAUACUGCAGAUCACCGGUCCAUGUUCCUCUUCUGGGGAGAGUACCAGGCAGAGGCCAAUGAAACGGGCUCCAAAGCGGCUCGCCAGAAUCUGUAUCUGUUCCAUCCGUCCUACCCCAAUGUUCUCAUGGAGCUGAACAAUAGCCCAGACCGAAUAGUCGCCUUCGACGCGGUUCUGUUUGAGCGGAGCCGGCAUGCCUGCUACGUGUUGCUGACCAGGCCACAGAGCAGCGAGGGGCCAGGCUGGGUGUCUGUCACCAAGCGGAAGCUGAAAGAGGACAUCACUGGCAGUAGGGUGACCUGGCUGAGCCAGGUGGCAGGGGACAGUGAGCAGUACAUCAGGGACCGCUUCUUCAGGAUGCGAUUCAGCAGCCAAAUGUGAGCUCCCUGGGAGACCCCGGAGAACCAUCUCAGCACUCUCCUCCAGCAAUGGACUCAUUAAACCCAGAUCACGGACUCAUGUGGGAAGCUGACGUUCUUGAUCCACAAGCCAAAGGCUGGCUGCUGAGAAAACAGCCACAGCAAAUCUACCUGUGAGCCCGCAGGGCUUGGGCAUCCCAAAUCCUGCACAAGUGGCUGCCAGCG